CAAAAUAGACUUUUUGCAAAAACUCGAAAACGGCUAGACCGAUCACGUUUGCUAUAGUUUUCCUCGAAAGUCGUUACUAAGCUCUACUUUCAUGAUAUUUUUCAUAUUUUAUGGCUCCAUGGUUCAGAAGUUAGGGGAAGUAGAGGGGGAAACAUAUAUUUCUCCUUACAGAACGACUUUUUUCCAAAAAUAUUUCGUUUAUCAAAUAAUGAUUCGUGAAAACACCUAGUGUUAAAAGACAUAUCUAACGACACCUCAAAGUAUAGGGUUGAACUGAAAAAAAAAACAUCAUCCCCACUUCUGGUAGAGGGGGAUAUUCUUACAUAGCCGAAAAAAAGUGAAAAUAAGAUUUCUCCGUCACGGCCCUCUUUUGUUUAAAUUAUUUCUCGAAAAUAAGUAAGCCUACCUCACUUUUCACCGACUUUCGUAUAUCCUACCGAGGCGCAGCAACUGCCGAUUAGAAACAGGUGGUAACAGCGACGAUCCGAGUUUGAUCCCCGGACGUGUAUGCAGAUAUAACUUUUUGUAUUUUUUUGGACUUGGAUUUCAUACUUUUAUUGACAAAGCGAGUGUGCUAAUGAAAUUUUGUGAGCAGUUUCGAUAAUUAUUAUUUUGGGAAUAAGUUUUUUUUUGUAUUUGUAAAUCAAUAAUAUACUACGUUUAUCAAAAGUAAUAAAUUUCGUUCCAACCGAAAGACUGUCGUGGAAGUCACACACUUUUUUAUUUAACUGUUACUUUUAAGGGUUAUUCUUCGAAACUUGAAGUUGCCGGUGCUAUAAUGAUAUCUGUUGCGGUUUUGCUGUCCAUCACAAUUUUAAUAAAUCUUACUCGAUCGGCGCAAAAUCUACAGAACAACGCGGACAAUUUGUCACGCAGUUUGAAGCAACUACACUUACACGCGUGCUUACAAACAGGUAAAAUUACUAAGUGCAUAACGUUUGGUACUACUGUGGAUGUUAAACCUACGUCGAUCGUAAUUAAUAAGGCACAUAAUGCAAAACAAAAGGAAGUACUGCAGAUUCUACGUGUUAUAUUAAAUCAACCGAUAUACAUCAAAGCGUUUGGCGCCGUGAACGUCAAUAUGUCUCUGGUCCCCGCGUGCUUUGGGCUUAUCAUGUCAUAUACCGUCGUCGCUCUACAGUUCAACAACGUCGUAUAAUGUCGUGUAACGUUGUAUAACUUUUAAUCGAAGUGUAUCGGAGUUUUAAUAUAUUGUUAUCAUUAAUCACAGGCCUUUUCGUCUAUUGCAGACGAUUUAUGCAUUGCUGUUAAGACAACGGGUUUGGCGACCGUAGAUACCGAUGCGUCAUCACUAGUAUCUAUGUAUUAUGAUGAAAGAAAUAAG